AUGCGUCUCAUCAACUGCUCCUCCUUAUUUUCCUUAUUUUCCGCCGUCAUUGUCGUUUUUGGAUCAGAUGAAACUGAUGUUGAGUUGAAACCAGCACUCAAUCCAUGCAAACGAAUCAAUCCAUGUGGAGCCACGAUUUCCACGUAUCCACUUUUGGAGCCAGAUGCUGAAGAGUCUUCUGGAUUCGGAAGUGGAGCAGCUCCACCUGUUUAUGAUGAAAUUCUUACACACGAAAUUUACGACUUGAAUGCCACACCCGAACUACACAACUCAACACUUUGCUCUUGUCCAGAAGAUUCUACUUGUGAUUUUGAAUCUGAUUCGAACGUUGUCAAGGUCGAUUACCACGUAACAUUGCGAUUCUGUAACUUGGAGACGAUAUCAACUGUAUGCAAACGGAAUGAUGUGAAUGUUAGAGUAAUUGGUGCCGCUCAAGCAUCUGGUGACAGCGUGCAAGAGGUCUCGAAUGCUGUGAUGUUCUGCAACUGCCCAAAUGGUUUUUCUCGUCAACCAGCCGAAUCUUGGUCGGGUCAGGACAUCUCACUCAACUACAAAUGUCUUUGA